UUUCUUCAUAUUGGUAGGGAAUUUCCACACAGUGUUGCAACUUACUAGAAGGUUCCGCCACUCCCUCACUACUGGAAACAACCGUCAAACGUAGGUAACGUUGCGCUGCCGCUCUUCCAAACGGUGUUUACAGUCGCCAUGGGUCUAGGACACCGCACUGAGUCAAGUCCCGUCCUGGGAAUGGUCGUUGUAAUCUUGCUCUGCAUCCUGAUCGCUUGCAUGGAACGGAAGGGCUCAAGUCCCCUUGGAGAAGUGAAAGAAGCGGAGAGCUGUGUUUCUACUUGCCAGCCUUGCAGAGUGUGCGAGGCUACAGAAAACUGUGCUUUCUACAAAACAGGCAAGACACAUGGGAGCUCAAUCCCUGACAUUGGUCCCUACCAGCGUCAUGGCCUAGUGAUGACCUGCAUCUCUAAAUGCCUCAACUUGUCGAGAGAGUUGCCGGCAGUGCUAUUGAUCAUAGGCGUGUCGACAUUGUAUGUGCUGAAGUCACGUGCUACCAGAAAUACGAAAAGCACCUCCAACCAGGAAGAUCUCUCCACGAUGAAGAAAAGCAAACCAGCGUCUGUGGAUGUACCUGGUGAAAAUGACUUUCUAAGAGAAGUAGCAUCUAUCUACCAAGAAGCCGUGAAGGAAGUGGACUUUGCAACAUUUGGAAGAAGAGUGGGACUGGAUGACUACCAAAUACAGGAGAUAAUCAAUAACCAAGCUGAAGAGUUGAGAGGGGAAGCAAAGCUGAAGUACCAUGGCUGGCACUCGGUUAAGAGUCCACAGAAAAGAGAUGACUUAAGGGAUGAUAUUGUUGCUGAAAGAAUCAAACUGCUACCUGAUAUACUUGUGCAAUAUAGACAGCCACAACGGCGUGUGGCCUAUGCUGGCUGAAUCAAGAAUGCAUUGCAUAGCCUCCUUCGCAGACUUAUACUUUCUAGUGGGGCUGGCUUAUAUUUAAUGGCGGGAGUUUGCGAUUUUCAAGGUUGAAUAAGGUUUUCUAAUACCAGGAAAGGGUCAAGGCCUGCCAAACUCCCUACCACUGUAUUAGAAAACAGUAUUUAGUCAACAAUGUAAAUCGCAAACCAG